GGGGGGCGGGAUGUGUUGAACUAACUGUGGGAUAGCAAACAUCGCGUCGGUCUUAAAUCCUCGGUCUGCGGAGUUUAACUUGAGAAGCACCUGUUGUGUGAAUCCGCCAUGCUCCGCACCGCGCUCUCCCGGGUCGGCCCGCACUUUUCCCGCGUCUCCGCGUGCAGGUUUUCCGCUGCAGCAAUCCCCGCACCAAACCCGCAACCCGAGGUUCACCACAACAAGCUCUUCAUCAACAAUGAAUGGCAUGACGCAGUGAGCAAAAAAACUUUUCCAACUAUCAACCCUGCCACUGGUGAAGUCAUCUGCCAGGUCGCAGAAGGAGAUAAGGCAGAUGUAGAUAAAGCAGUGAAGGCUGCAAAGGACGCGUUCAGACUCGGUUCUCCAUGGCGCCGCAUGGAUGCAUCUCAGCGAGGACUCCUCCUCUUCCGUCUGGCUGACUGCAUUGAGAGGGACUCGGCUUACCUCGCAGAACUGGAAACUUUGGACAAUGGAAAGCCAUAUGCUGUGGCCUACUCUGUCGAUUUGCCCAUGGUGGUCAAAACAUUAAGGUAUUAUGCUGGCUGGGCUGAUAAAUGGGAGGGAAAGACCAUUCCAGGAGACGGUGAUGUUUUCUGCUAUACCCGGCAUGAGCCUAUCGGAGUGUGUGGCCAGAUUAUUCCUUGGAAUUUCCCUCUGCUGAUGCAAGCAUGGAAACUGGGCCCCGCUCUGGCUACGGGUAACACCAUAGUGAUGAAGGUGGCGGAGCAGACACCUCUCACCGCGCUCUACGUGGCCAAACUUAUCAAGGAGGUGGGCUUCCCUCCUGGCGUUGUGAACAUCAUCACUGGAAUGGGUCCUACUGCUGGUGCCGCCAUCUCUUCUCACCCCGAUGUGGACAAGAUCGCCUUCACCGGCUCCACUGAGGUAGGUCACCUGAUUCAGCAAGCCUCUGGCACCAGCAACCUAAAGAAAGUAACUCUGGAACUAGGAGGAAAGAGUCCCAACAUUAUCUUCUCUGAUGCCAACAUGGAGCAAGCAGUAGACCAGGCCCACAUUGGCAUCUUCUUCAACCAGGGUCAGUGCUGCUGCGCAGGUUCACGCACAUACGUGCAGGAAAGCAUCUACGAUGAGUUUGUUGAGCGCAGUGUAGAAAAAGCAAAGAAGAGAGUGGUGGGAAAUCCCUUUAACCUUCAAACCGAACAUGGACCACAGAUUGAUGAUGAGCAGUACCAGAAGAUUCUGGGCUACAUAAGCAAUGGGAAACGUGAGGGAGCCAAGCUCAUGUGUGGAGGCGAUGCAGCAGGAGACCGCGGUUACUUUAUCCAGCCUACCAUCUUUGGAGAGGUUCAGGAUGGCAUGACGAUCGCUCGUGAAGAGAUCUUCGGUCCAGUUAUGCAAAUUCUGAAGUUUAAGACUAUAGAGGAGGUGGUUGAGAGAGCCAAUGACACCAAGUAUGGCUUGGCAGCCGCUGUCUUCUCAACAGAUAUCAACAAGGCGCAGUACAUCUCUAACAGCCUUCGUGCAGGCACUGUCUGGGUUAACUGCUACAAUGUGUUUGAAGUUCAGGCACCAUUUGGUGGCUACAAAGCCUCAGGGACUGGACGUGAAAUGGGACAGUAUGGCCUGGAAAACUACACUGAAGUCAAAACCGUAAUAGUUAAAAUUCCAGAGAAAAAUUCCUAAGUGCCUUCGACAUCCUUUGAAGAAACCAGUGACUAAGUGCCAAAUAAAAUGGAAUAAAACCCUGUGCAAGUACAAGGCUGAUGGAUUGAUUGAGAAUUUCUUGGUAAUGUUUAAAGCUGUUCUGUUUUCAAGAGUCUUUAUUUACUCAACCUCAAGCACUUAAAAAAUAUCUUUAAAAAUACCUAUGGAAAUGUACAAGUUAUACGCAAACAUUUAUCCAAUAUAUAGUUGUUUUGUUCCACUCUUAUUCCUGUUCCAAUGUUACUUCUGUUUCAUUUUAAUAGAAACUCAGAAAUACAGCUUGUUUUUCCACAAGUAUUGAAAUGGAAUUUUUCUGAAAUAAAUGCUUCAAAGCUUCA